GAAGAACAUACGAAAUAAAAUAUUCUCGGCGAAAGCAAAGAAAAAACAUUGAGACGGUGUGUUUUGCAAGUAAAUGGAGAUAUAAUAAAAUAGUAGAAUUCUGGAAUUUUGUGAUUGCUUUUUUAAUGUAUAAACAACUUUAAUAUUAAGGAAGUGAAAAUAGAUUUGUUUCGGCGUAGUGCAAAUCACAGAAGAAAUAAAAGAAGUAUUUGCAAUUUCGUUAAAACUUGUUUUUCUUUUAUCAUUUGUUCUGUUCUACGGUAUUGUCAUUUAAAUUGAAUAUUAAGUUCCAAGUGUGUGUUUAUCUAAAAUUGAAAAGGUGAUAUAGCAAAAAACACGAAACAAGAUUAAACAACGUAAAAGUAUCAAAGUCACAAGAAUCUUGUGUUAAUUCUAUUGUUGUUGUUGUGUGACGGGCAACAUAGCAGAGGAAGAAAAAGAAAACAACAUCCCCACGCAUAUACUAACUCUGCAUAGUUAAACAUAUUUUUUUUGGAAAGAUAAAACUGUAGCAGACGUUUGUUGUUCGUUGUAUUACUAAUUUCUCUUUGUGGACACCGUUCAAUAACCUAGAACUAGCUGCGAACAAUCAUCAUUAUUAACCUAACGAAAUAGAGCUUGUGGAGGAAAAUUUCAAUAAACAAAUAUGGGCCAAACGCUGUCAGAACCAAUAACCGCCAAGGAAUCAUCAUAUUGCCAAAAUGAAUUGUACAGAGUGGGCUCAAGCUGCAUGCAGGGCUGGCGCAUAAAUAUGGAAGACUCGCACACACACAUUCUGUCAUUGCCCGACGAUCCGGGCACUGCAUUUUUUGCCGUCUACGAUGGCCAUGGCGGUGCAACAGUAGCCCAAUAUGCUGGUAAACAUUUACACAAGUUUGUUUUGAAGAGACCAGAGUACAAGGAUAAUGUUGAAAAGGCUUUGCAGCAAGCAUUUUUGGACAUUGACUACGAAAUGCUAUACAAUGAGUCGUGGGGUGAACAAAUGGCCGGUUCAACAGCCGUUGUGGUAUUAAUUAAAAAUAAUCGUUUGUAUUGUGCCAAUGCCGGGGACUCGCGUGCCGUUGCUUGCAUUAACGGAAGAGUGGAGACGUUAUCAAUGGACCAUAAACCAAAUAAUGAAGCCGAAUCAAAACGUAUCAACGAAGGUGGUGGUUGGGUUGAAUUCAAUCGCGUCAAUGGUAAUCUGGCAUUAUCAAGAGCAUUAGGUGAUUUUGUAUUCAAACGCAAUGAGAACAAGAAGCCCGAGGAUCAAAUUGUCACAGCCUAUCCCGAUGUUGAGACACGCACAAUUGACGAAGGUUGGGAAUUCCUUGUUCUGGCAUGUGAUGGUAUUUGGGAUGUUAUGACUAAUCAAGAAGUUAUUGAUUUUUGCCGGGCAAGAAUCGGUCAAGGCAUGCAUCCGGAAGAAAUUUGCGAAGAAUUAAUGAAUCAUUGUUUGGCACCCGAUUGCCAGAUGGGUGGUUUGGGCGGUGAUAACAUGACCGUGGUUUUAGUUUGCUUCCUUCACAACAAACCAUAUGCGGAACUUGUAGCGAGAUGUGCUUCGUCAUCAACGAACGUAUUUACGGCAAACAACACCACUAUGAACAACAUUACAACAGAUACCACAACAACGACGGCAACGGCUAUCAAAACAUCCCAACAAAACUCAACACCAUCAUCGCCGGAAGAUGAAGAAGAAGAAUUAGAUCUAAAAUAACAGCUUAGUUUUAAAAAAUACACACGUCACUUAGUCUCCUCCUUGAACUCCAAAUUGUUUGUGGAGUUAUGCCUUUAAAAAAGCUAACUUUGUCGUUUUUUAUUAUUAUAUUUUAGUUUCUUUUUCAAAUACAACAACAUAGAAGAACCUUCGUUUAUUUUUACAAAUCAAAACCCUAUUUUUUUAAUGUACCCUAGCGAAAGAAAGCGGUCUUUGUGUUAUAUGCCUAUGAAAGAAAAAAAUGCUUAUUCACAUCUAACAACUUGCUGCAUCCAUAGGAUGUAUAAAAAAUUUCCGUUCCCCUUAGUUUUGAUCUAUGCUUUGUUGUAUUUUUUAGAAACUGAGAAGAACCUAAAUUGUUACUUAAAUAAGUUUUCUGUGUUAUAUAUACAAAUAUGCCUAUUUUAUCGAUCUAUUUACUUAUAUGCCUAUAUUUUUAUUAAAUUCCUUUUACUCUGUAAACAAAUAGUAUUUAAAACCUCGUUUUGUGGAAAUUGUAAUCAUUGCUCCUUUUCUUCUUAUUUGUAUUUAAAUAAUUUUGGUUUUCGGUAGAAAUUUGGAAUAUUGUAUAGAAAAUUAAUAAAAUUAUUUUGUUAAUAAUUGUAUUAUGUAUGUAUAUUUAAGUUUCUUAUGCAAACAAAUGUUAAAUUGUUAUUUAAAUUACAAAAGAAGAUAAUUACCAAAAACAAAAAAAGAAAAUAGAAGUGAUUUUUUAUAUCUUAUCUUCCACUCUACUUUAUUUCAUUUGUAAUGGGAAAGAUAUAGAAACAUGUCAACCAACUAGCCUUGGGAUUCCGCAAAUCUUGAACGAACAUAAAAUCCCUUAAUAAAUGAAACACCUAAUGUUUUAAGUCUAUUUUAUAGCGGUAAACGUGAUUUAUAAGUUGUCGGUCCAAGUCAAAUACAAAGCUGACAGAUUCUAUAAUGUUUAAGAGUUUAUUACGUGGUAUACAAAAUUGACAUUGACGUUCAAUUUCUUAUAUUUGAUCAAUAAAAACUAAUUUCUGAAAA